CUCUGACGGGCCGCCGCCGCAGUUCCCGGAGUUCCCAUUGGCCAAGGCGGGAGCGCCAAGAUGGCGGCGGCGGCGACGAGUUGCGGCCCCCGCGCCGGGGCGUCCGGGUGUGUGGUGGCGGCGGCCGGCAAGGACAGCGUCACCAGUUUCCAGAGGAGGGGUCCGAAAGCCAGCGGCCCCGACGGCAGCUGCCGUCGGCUGGCGUCCAUCGCGGGCACGCGGCCGUCGGUGCGGAACGGACAGCUGCUGGUGUCCACCGGGCUCCCAGCCCUGGACCAGCUCUUAGGUGGAGGCUUGGCUGUUGGAACACUUCUCCUGAUUGAAGAGGAUAAAUAUAAUAUUUAUUCUCCUUUGCUCUUCAAGUAUUUCCUGGCAGAAGGGAUCAUCAAUGGGCAUACUUUGUUGGUUGCAUCUGCAAAAGAAGACCCUGCUGAGAUUUUGCAGGAACUUCCUGCACCAUUACUUAAUGAUAAUUGUAAAAAAGAAGUUGAUGAAGACGUAUGUAGUCAUAAAACACCAGAAUCUAACAUUAAGAUGAAAAUAGCUUGGCGUUACCAGUUAUUACCCAAGAUGGAGGUUGGACCAAUAUCAUCUUCAAUAUUCGGUCACUAUUAUGAUGCAUCAAAAAGGAUACCGCAGGAACUAAUUGAGGCUUCAAAGUGGCAUGGAUUUUUUCUUCCAGAAAAAAUAUCUUCAACUCUUAGUGUAGAAUCCUGUUCUCUGACCCACGGCUACAGAAGGCUGCUUCACUUUAUUCAGAACAUCAUAUGUGAGGAAGGAUUUGAUGGAUCCAAUCCCCAGGUAAAAAAAGAGAAAAACGUUCUAAGAAUAGGAAUCCAGAAUCUUGGUUCACCUUUGUGGGGAGAUGACAUUUGCUGUACGGAAAAUUGCAACAACAGUCAGAGUCUCACCAAGUUCCUCUACGUUCUCCGUGGUCUUCUGCGAACUUCUCUCUCAGCCUGUAUCAUUACAGUGCCAACCCAUCUCAUCCAGAAUAAAGCAGUCAUUGCUCGUGUUACAAACUUGUCAGAUACAGUCGUUGGUCUAGAAUCAUUUAUUGGUUCUGAGAGAGAAACGAACCCGUUAUAUCAGGAGUAUCACGGUUUGAUUCAUAUACGGCAGAUUCCUCGACUUAAUAAUUUGAUUGGUGAUGUAUCAGAUGUCAAAGACUUAGCUUUCAAAUUAAGAAGGAAGCUAUUCACCAUUGAGCGACUGCAUUUGCCUCCAGACUUGUCAGACACCGUGAGCCGCUCAGGCAAACAGGAUCUGGCAGAACCCACCAAGCUGCUGGGCCCCGGCUGUGGCGUGACGGCCGGAGGCAAGAAGCACCUGGACUUCUAGUGGCCCCCCCCUUAGUCGCCGCGUGCAGAAUUGUAUGACACUCUAAUUACGAUUGCUAAUAGCUAUGUAAAUAUUUUUCUUAAUGAUUUGACCCUUCAGUCCUUGAAAAAACAGUAUUGCAAAAUGAGGCCACCGUUGUUCAUUUUUUUAACCAACUUUUUAUACAGAAUCAGUACAGCAGAAGCACUUUCAUUUAAAAUUUUGUUUUAUGCUAUAUCUACAGAAAAUAGGUGAUUUUAUUUUUAAAUAAAAGCAAAUAAAAUGUCAAAAAUUCAAAUGCCUUACAGUGGCCAUUAGUGUACAUGUAUUAAGGCACCUCAUUCAUGGUAAAGUGCAUGUUUCAGAAUGUUCAGAAAACAUUCUGAAAUUCAAAACUGUAUUUUCUGAAAAACUUGUUUUCUCUUUAUUUCUGAAAAAGUCACUUGCCACCAAAAAUGCUAAAGUUUUUUAAAAAGUGAAAAAUUUGCUAAUGUAUGAAGCCUGUAUAAUAAAAUGAAUUUGCAUUUAUGCAACCUGUUAUUAAAUUGAUGAAGACAAAAUAAUAUUUUGGGAUUAAGACUCCAUUAAAGAUAAUUAGUCCGAUAACUAGUAGUUAAUAAAGAACUUGAAAGAUGGAAAGCAAAGCAAAAGAAGUUGAUGGUCUUCUGUUUAGUAACCCUGAACAACUGAAGGCAGCACUGUGAAAGUGUCCACAGAUGUAAUUCAGGAUUGAAAUGCAAACUGACAGCUGCACUGAGGCCAGGAUACUGAGGAAAAUGCACUGAAGCUUGGUGAGAGAUCUUCCAGAACGUAGGGCUGAGGCAAAGCAGAAAUCUGAAGCUCCCUCAGAUUGCCAUGGCACCAGGUGAGCCCUUUGUGUCUAUGAGCAUUGCUGGUAUGUUUCUAACCAUACAAACGAGUCUUUGGGGUAUAUAGCAUACUGAACCAGUUUUCAGAUAAAACAUAAGGUUUUUGAAUCAUAGUUCCAUAUUCUCAAAGCUUUUGACAAAAAGCAAAAGUCAAAAAGUUGCAUAUUUAAGUAGAGUCUCAAUUUUUAAAAGGCUGUUUAACAUUUGUUAGAAGUUGAAUUUCCAAAAUACAUUUUCAAGUAUGUUAGAAUAUUUUGAAGCAGUUAUAACUAGCAUUUUUAAGUACUUUGCUUUUAAUAUACCACAAAUUAUACUUUAUUUGUUCUUGACAACAUUGUAGAAAACAAAGACUAGGUUUUUAAAACUGUCUAACCAACGUGAUGAAUGUCAGUCACUUAAAAAAAAACCCACUGUAGCAUAAACACAUACUGUAUACAGCUUUUAUUCAGAAUUCGAAUAAUUGAAUCAAUGACAGCGAUUCGCCAGGAUGUCAAAUCUCUCCAUCAUAUCCUGUCACUACCAGUUUAUUUUUUGUGAUCAAAAUCAAAAAGACAACUAUUUUGUCACCUGCUAUUUCAUUAGUACUAAAAAUCAGGUUUCUUCUUCUAUUUUUUUUAGAAUGUCUGGUUUAUUUUUUUCACUUCUUUUAAUUCGAAAGACAAAUUCUUUCCCAUUUUCUUUUCAAAAUAAAGUUUCAGAAUUGAUCUGUCAGUUAAAAUUAAAGGGCUUUUAUAUUAAGCAAAGGUGCUUUUAAAAUUUAAAGCAACUCCAAAAAAACCAAUUUAGUCCAUAGAUAAUAAAUAAUGUGCAGAUACUCCACAAAAGCUUUGCUGUGUCCUUUGAAAGCAUUAUGAGCAAUCUGAAUAAACUCAAAUGAGUAUUUUAGUCGAGUUAUUAUUUUAAUAACUCUAACCUUUUUCUUACUGUGUUGUGAUUCAUUUUAUACAAACACACAACGGAACAAUUACAUAGCAUUUGACUCUGAAAAGGAAAUGUGAGGUCAUCAGAUAUGUGAACUGCUUGUCAAAAUACUUGCUAGGUCACUGAUUUACCUUCCUGGCUACCAUGUCUAUAAAAUUAAUAGCCAAUUUCUAGUUAAUCUGUGCUUUGCAAAUAGAUAAA